CUACUCCUUCGAUAUCAGGGGAGAUCACUUUUCCACGUUGUUAUAGCAACGACCGGAAGUAUAUAGCAGACAGAAGUAAGCAAAGUGUGGAAGGAUAGUCUUUGAGGUUCAAGUAGUUUUUAAUACAUCCCCCUAAAAGAAAAAUUAAAGCUUCAUCAUAUAUAUGUAAUUGUUCAGUCAAAUAAACGCCUCUGGAUUUCCACUUGACAAGAAAAAGCUCUCACAAUGUCUGACAUCCAUUCAACAUUAUUCAGUUUUGAAAGUGCCUGCCAGGAGCUGGGUGUUAAGCAACAUCCCUACAUUCUUAAAAUGCUCAAGCGAGAAGAAAAGGAAUGUUUAAUCCGACAAGCAAAAGGGGAGUUUAAGACCAGCAUGCACCUUUACCUGGCUGGAAACAACCACCUGCUAACAGAUGUCCGCAUCAAUGAUGAUGACUGCAUUCUGCUACAGAAGGUUCUGCUAAAGAAUCUUUUCAUCACAUCUCUUGAUCUCCGCUUCAAUUUAAUUUGUGAUAAGGGUGCUAAAAUCCUUGCUGCAAUGUUAGAAAACAAUACAACAUUGCAAAGGCUUAAUUUAAUGUGCAAUGAAAUUGGACCAGAUGGGGCAGAAGCACUAGCACGAUCUCUGCAUAUAAAUGAAAUGCUGAAAGUGCUAUUACUGAAUGGAAACAAAAUAGACAACAAAGGAGGAAUGAGUUUUGCCCAAGCCUUACAGAUCAAUACCACCCUGGAGCAUCUUGAUGUUGGUGAAGCUGAUCUGAGGAUGGAGAGCACAGUAGCUCUUGCCACAGUACUCCGCAACAAUACUUCUAUCAGAGUCAUCGAUGUCAGCCGCCCACUUCUUACGACAGUCCAGGAGGAGCCUGUGGUUCAUUUUGCUAACAUGCUGAAGGUGAAUAAGACAUUAGAAGAACUCCAUCUUCAGAAGUAUGACAUGAGAGACUUUGGAAUGCAUCGACUAGCGGAAAAUUUAAUGGAGAACUUCACUUUGACCUACCUGGAUCUCAGCUGCAAUCGCAUCACACGUGAUGGUGUGAAGGAGUUAGCAAAGGUGCUGAAACUGAACACAGCACUGUGUAUACUGGACCUUGGUUUUAACAGACUUGAGGAUGAUGGUGCCAUGCACAUUGCUGAAGCCUUGGCCAGCCUUAACACCAACCUGCGGUGCCUUUCCGUGGUCAGCAACAACAUUGGCAGCAUGGGACUGUGUGCCAUAGCAGAUGCAAUGAAGACAAACACAACUCUGACAAAUGUCUUUAUAUGGGGCAACAAACUGGAGGAACCAGUGUGCAUAGCAUUUGACAGCUUGAUAAAAACUGGUCGUUUGGAUUUGCGAAACACAGAUGUGAAGCCAUACAUUGUAGAUGGGAUCACAUACUUAUGUGAGCUAAGCCAUGGGAUAAGACGAAAUUUCUAUUAUGGUCCUACGUAUGGUGAAGAUGUUCCAGACUGGCAAGUGCGAGGACUCAAUCCUCGCAGUGUCAAGUUGGAUGAUGACAUGACCUCUUUGUUUGACUAGGUAAAUCAUACAAUGAAUGAAUUUAAUAAAAACUGGAGAGAAAGAGAGAGAGAGAAGGGAAAUGAAAAAGAGAUGAACAGAAGGUAGACCUUCCAGUGUGUUCUUUGAGGAACUACAAGCUGAUGACCACGAAGUGCUUCAAAAUAACCUGAGAGAUGCCUUUGGUCGAUCUGCAUGUUUUCUAGACUUUACAGAAGUAUCAGCUCACUGGUGAGCAGAGAAUGAAAGAAAUUAUCUCUUUUGUCACUAGGUUGCUGUAAUGCUCUGUGGUCUGUCCGGUUGUUUCUUUUACUUGUUAUAAUGGCUUUAUAGCUGAUCAGUCUUAAACUUUCCAGAGAAAUACCUUAGCACGGUCCUGUUAAAUUUUUGUCACAUUAUCCCGACAUUUUGUUUUUAAAAGAGGAAUAAACUAGGGCACUGAAAAUAUUACCAAAUUGUAGGAUGUUACAGAUAUGGUACAAAUGAUUUAAAUACAAAAACAAUUACAAGUAAAUUCUUGGUUACA